CGAGCACAAUUAGUGCCCGUUGAUAUUACCGUAAAUGCUCUAAUCGCAAGUGCAUGGGACGUUCAUAAUCACUUUAGAGAAUACAAAAGCAAUUCUGAGGUAAAAAUCUAUAACUCUAUUAUAUCUAUUGAUGGCAUCACGUGGCGUAAGUUUUGUAAGGGUAUAACAACAUCAAGUACUAUAUAUCCCUCGAAUGAUAUACUAUGGGAACCGAUGACUCUUUUAAUAUCGCAGAAAAUUAUAUAUCAAAUUUAUAUUUUGGUUUGCCAUUUACUUCCGGCAAUAUUAUUAAAUAUAUUAAGNAUAGUCACAGGUCGUCGACCAAGAAUGUUAAAACUAUAUCAAAAGAUCCAUACAGUAAUGAAAAUGCUCAGUCCUUUUACCCUUAACGACUGGAUUUGUAGUAACCGCAACAUUCAGCUGAUGUGGAAUCGCUUAAGUACNCAAGAUCAACAAUUGUUUAACUUUAACAUGAAAAAUUUUGAUUGGGAAACUUAUUUUCACAAUUUGUGCAAAAGCAUACGUUUGGAUCUCCUAAAACAGAAUGAUAGCACUUUGGAAAGUGCUCGUAUUAAACGUAAAAGAUUGUACUGGAUGCAUCAAAUAUUCAAAGGAAUCUUUAUUUUUAGUAGUUUUCUGCUUGGUUGGUACAUGAUUGUAUGAAAAGUACAUUAUAAAGUUUGAGUUUUCGUGACGACGCAAUAUUCAUCUACAUAUAUAUCAUUGCACUGGUAAAAGUAUUUGUUUCUCUUGUUGUACGAUUUGCAAGAUUAUAAAGUAUAAUUAAAUAUACU